UGUGGCUUUGCGUAAGUUUCUGUAUUUUUCUCAGAAGACUGAUAAAGAAGGCAUAAUCAUUUUGGUAAUUAUUGUGUGUCUAUUAGUCGCCAACGUCUUGCAUGAGUCGUAAUAUUUCUUUCACGGCCGCAAACUGCAAGGAGGCUAGUCCAGAUGUUUAAGGCUGAAAUCAACUCGCUUUGAAUUUUCAGGUAUUGGCAGGAACAUUAUUGGGCAAAUAUGACCCUGCAGUGACCGAGGAUCAACGAACUUCCCUUAUAUUCCCAGGAAAAUAUCUUUAAACGAACCAUAAGAUCUCGUUCCACAAUGUUGAAGAGGUCUGAUGAUGCCUCCCUCUUCCUUUGCGCCCGCCACCUGCCCGCCUGAUAAGACUUGGCUCCAGAAUGAACAUAGCGUCCGUGUUUAAUGCCUUGCUAGUGUGUGUCCUUGCGGCUGUGCUGUGGAACUAUGUCAAGCUGCAAGACCACGUCUCCGUCUUGGAAGAGGAGUUGCUCCUCACUCGCCAGACACAGGAGCUCUCUCAGGUCCGCAUUGACUACCAGGCGGCUCUUCAAGACCUGCUGCAAGAUGGCACCAGGAUGGUGUGCACCGGCAAGAUCCACACGGAUCGGAUCUGCCGCUUUGAAUCCCUCUGCUAUUCCACGGAGGCUGAGGAAUUCAUCUUCUUCCACAGCAACUCCUCCAUCAUGCUCCCCAACUUGGGCCCCAGGAGAUUCCAGCCUGCCCUACUUGAUCUCUCUUCAGUGGAAGACCACAACACACAGUACUUCAACUUCGUGGAACUGCCAGCCGCGGCCCUUAAAUUUAUGCCAAAGCCAGUGUUUGUCCCCGACGUGGCCCUGAUCCUCAACCGAUUCAACCCGGACAACCUGAUGCAUGUUUUUCACGAUGAUCUCCUCCCGAUCUUCUACACCAUGCAGCAGUUCCCAGAUUUGGACCAGGAGGCCAGGUUGUUUUUCAUGGAAGGCUUUAGCGAAGGCCCGCAUUUUGAGCUGUACAAACUGCUGAGCAGCAAGCAGCCGCUGUUAAGAGAGCAACUUAAGACUCUGGGCCGUCUCCUCUGCUUCACCAAGUCGUACGUGGGACUGUCCAAAAUCACCACGUGGUACCAGUACGGGUUUGUCCAGCCGCAGGGGCCGAAAGCCAACAUCCUGGUCUCCGGGAACGAGAUCCGCCAGUUCGCCAAAUUCAUGACCGAGAAGUUGAACGUGAGCUUGGAAGGGACGCCCGCCGAAGAAUAUAUUGUGGUAUUCAGCCGAACCAUAAACAGGAUAAUUCUCAACGAGGCGGAACUCAUUCUGGCGCUCGCCCAGGAAUUUCAGAUGAAAACCAUUACCGUUUCCAUCGAAGACCACACAUUCUCGGAUAUCGUGCGCCUGAUCAGCAACGCCUCCAUGCUAGUCAGCAUGCACGGAGCGCAGCUCUCAAUGUCCCUCUUCCUUCCCAGGGGAGCCACUGUGGUGGAGCUUUUCCCGUACGCUAUAAACCCUGAGCACUACACACCUUACAAAACGUUGUGUACCCUUCCUGGCAUGGACCUCCAGUACGUUGCCUGGCAGAACACCGAGAAGGAGAACACGGUCGCUUACCCAGACAGGCCCUGGGAUCAAGGAGGAAUCGGCCACUUAGACAAGGCAGAGCAGGACCGUAUAUUGAAGAGCAGCGAGGUUCCCCGGCACCUCUGUUGCCGGAACCCGGAGUGGCUUUUCCGCAUCUACCAGGACACGGAAGUCAACAUUGCUUCCCUGAUCCAGGUGGUCAGGCAGACCGUGAAGACGAAGCCCGGGCCUAAGAGGCAGGCGUGGACCAGCAGCCUCUACCCAGGCAAAGUCAGAGGUGCCAAGUGCCAAACCUCCGUCCAGGGCGCCAGCGAAGCCAAACUCUCUGUGUCCUGGCAAAUCCCUUGGAACCUGAAGUACCUGAAGGUCAGGGAAGUGAAAUACGAAGUGUGGAUACAGGAGCAAGGGGAAAACACGUACGUGCCUUACACCUUGUCCCAUCAGAACCACACCUUUUCGGACAACAUCAAGCCCUUCACAAACUACCUAGUGUGGAUCCGCUGCAUUUUCAACAAGAAUCUCCUCGGGCCCUUUGCAGACGUGCUGUUGUGCAGUACGUAAUUGCCACCCAGUUGCUUUUGAGGGGGGGGGGGAGUUGAUUCCAGCAAGGGGCUUUGAAAUAAGGCAGAAUGGUCCCCAUUGUCCUGUAGUUUUUCAAGAAGCAGGCCAGGACUUAUAGACCACGCUAGUGCCUCUGUGUCCAUUUUAUUGCGCCCAUUAUCGUGCCCGUCUCUGUGGCAUUAUUUCCUGUCGGUGUUUGAGUUCUCUUGGUCCUUGAAAAACACCUACGCAAACUAAACUGGAAUGGAAGGUAGAUGUUGUACUUUGACACAAUAACCGGAACAUCUCUCUCUUUUGUCUAGUGAAUAAUUUAAGCCCAUAUUUCUGAUGGAAUUUAAGUGUCUCUCUGAAUGGGCAAUCUCUUUUGUGUUCUCCACUGUUCAGAUUUAUGUUUUAUGCUCCCCUCCCCAAAUACCUGUCUCCCAGAGCAGCAUAUCUGGUACCAGAGUCCAUCAUUAAAUUGUUGAAAACCUGUCUAUAAAUGUACAAAAGUAUGGUUUU